AUGUGCUUAGCUCCGGCGGCGGCGGCGGCGGCCAUGGAGAUGGAGGAGAUCCAAGAAGCCGACGUGCUAUGGCCGGACCACCACCAAGACCACCGCCACUGCCACGGCCACCACCAGCAGCUCGAGGCGGCGGGCAACAAGCAGCCCCGGGGCGACGCCCCGGGCGGAGGCGAAGACGACGCGCGUCGCCGUGCAGCAGGCUCGUCGGCGCCCGUGGGCAUCCGCGCGGGGACGACCGGCCCGCCCUCGUGGGCCUGGAGCUACGACGGCGACGAGCACGCGGCGGCGUUCGUGCCGCCCCACGUGUUGCUGGCGGCGAGGCGGCGGUGCUCGGAGGGGAGGGCGGCCUCGUCCGUGUGCGUGGGGCAGGGGCGCACGCUCAAGGGCCGCGACCUCCAGUCCGUGCGCACGGCCGUCCUCCGCAUGACCGGAUUCCUCGAGACCUGA